UCUGAGGCGCAAGAUGGCGAUAUUCAGUGUUUAUGUUGUCAACAAGGCCGGUGGACUUAUUUACCAAUAUGACAAUUAUGUCCCUCGAACAGAAGUAGAGAAAACGUUCAGCUUUCCUCUUGAUAUAGUACUGAAGAUUCAUGAUGAGAAGGUGGUGGUUUCAUUCGGUCAGAGGGACGGAAUUCGAGUUGGUCACGCUGUGCUUUCUAUUAAUGGAGUGGAUGUUAACGGCAAGUACACAGCAGAAGGAAAGGAAAUACUGGAAUACCUGAAAGAUCCAUCCAACUAUCCUGUGUCUAUCCGGUUUGGCCGAGCGCGACUGACUUCCAAUGAGAAACUCAUGCUGGCUUCAAUGUUUCACUCGUUAUUUGCCAUUGGUUCACAGCUGUCCCCUGAGGUUGGCAGCUCGGGUAUUGAGAUGCUGGAGACAGAUGUGUUUAAACUUCAUUGCUUCCAGACACUCACAGGGAUCAAGUUCAUCGUACUAGCAGAUCCUCGCCAGUCUGGUGUUGAUGCACUCCUGAGAAAGAUCUAUGAAAUCUAUUCGGACUUUGCUUUAAAGAAUCCUUUCUACUCACUCGAGAUGCCCAUCAGAUGUGAACUCUUUGACCAAAAUCUAAAGAGCGCUCUGGAAGUAGCAGAGAAGGCUGGUACAUUUGGGACAGGUUCCUGAGCAGACGUGCUACGUUUGAUGUAACGCCGUCUAGGUUCAACAACCAACUGUAUAUAAUAUGGAUUGUUUCCUGAUGUGUGGAUUACCCAAACCAGCUUUUAAACAAAUGUGGCCUAAUCUGCAUGGAGCGUAAAACAGUGGAUAAACCAGAGCUGUGUUAAUGGUUUAAAUCAAUGGGAGCAGUGAGAGUAAAUGGACUAUCAAAUUUUGUUGGAAUGGCAGUACUUAUUUAUUGUGAAACACAAUCUUGUGUUUCUGCCACCAUAUUGUACUAUACAUCCAAAACCUUUCUAUUCCAAGUCAACCAUGAUUGCAUCAAUAAGGGUUCCAUUGAAAGAUUAGAAAUCAGACUUCAAAAUCUUAGUUUGUAACAUCUUUAUUUAAUAUACAGUAAAUGUCAAUGUAUUCAUGAAAAAUAUUGUUUCCAUAACACCACAUAUAAAGUUACAGUAACAGAGGUAGAACCAUGUUGAGUUGCCUCAGUUUCAGUUGUAUUUCCUUGAAUGCAGAAUAAAUGACAAAUUAGUCAUGA